AUGCUUUUCAUACACGGAUUCCCGGAGUUCUGGUACUCGUGGAGACAUCAGAUGAACGAGUUUGAAAAGGACUAUCACGUGAUAGCGGUGGACAAUCGGGGUUACGGCGAUACAGACAAACCCCGGGGUAUUCGCAACUAUACGGUCGAUAAAAUAGUGGACGACUCGAAACACCUGUUGGAAGCGUUGGGCAAACGGGACAUAGUUUUGGUGGCCCACGACUGGGGCGGUGCCAUUGCCUGGCGUUUCGCAGCCAAAUACCCGUCACUGUUGGACAAAUUGAUCAUCAUUAACAGCCCGCACCCCCUAAUGACGCGCAUAGCGUUGCGUGAAUGGGCCCAAUUUAUAGCAUCGUGGUAUAUGCACUUUUAUAGCCUCCCAUGGCUUCCGGAGUUCGCCCUUCGGGCCAAUGAUUAUUAUAUAUUCGACUACGCGAUGCAGACCUGGGAUAAUAAGCCACUCUUGCCAUCUGAUCAGUUGGAGGCCUAUAAGUAUCAGUUCCAGAAGAAUGGCUUUACGGCACCGCUCAACUGGUAUAGGGCUGUCAUCCGUCGAUACCCUAUUAACAAUCCAAAAAGUACAAAUGAUAAAUAUCUGACCACACCGUUAGCCGCGGCGCACAACUAUGUCAACGAUUUGACCGUUAAAUACAUCGACAACUGUUCCCAUUGGACGCAAAUGGAGCAUCCGACCUUGGUCAAUCAGUAUAUGCGAGAAUACUUGGAUGCUAGAAAAUAA